GGCAAUGCCUCAUGCUAGCAGCUGGGGGGAUGCUUCUGGAGGGGCUCUCCCCAGGCCAGCCCAUGUCCAUGGGGUCUCAUGUCCUCUUCUAGUGUAACACCUGCUGCCACAGCAUCAGGGAGCAAAUUGUCAUGGAAGCGGCUUUAGACACCCAUUGCCCCGUAUGCCUGGAGAACAGGGGCAGCGUGGUUUUGUUUCCACUGCAUGCAGUGGUGGACUAGCAGCAGGCCCCAGUGCCCGCUCUGCAAACGGGGCGUGCAGUCCAUCAUCCACGCAGUGUGGGCAGGCAAGGACUUUGAGGAGCUGAUCCUCAGGCCAGCCUCAGUAGCAUCCAUUGCUGCGUAUUGACCCUGUCUAGCUUUGUCAUGUCAUCUUGUGGCAGCAAGUAAUGACAAGCUGGUUACAAGUUACACGUGCAGUAGAACCAUGUGCAAUUCUUAUUUCCCCAAGUAUAUGACCAUUACAAAGGAAAAUCAAGGAAUGAUGGAGGGUGACGGAGGCCCAGGCUGGUGCCCCAGUAUGUGCAGUGAUGGACUGUGAGGUCACCGACCAAGGAGUUGUGACGUCAACGAGAGACGACUGUGACCUCUACAGCCCUCGCUGUAGAUACAUUUGGGUGCAAGCAGAGGCCAGCGUGCACUCGUUUGUGGACUCCAGUUGAGCAUAGCUGCAAGACUUGGAGAACUGAACAACUUGUUUGGGUUGUGCUGUGGAGCUACUGGCAGCAGUUCUUGCUGCCCAUCCCACAGUCCCAUCAGCGUUUCCCCCAGGCCUGCCUGGCUCAGGCAGCUGGGGCCGUGCAGGGUGCACUUGCAGCAGCAGAGAUUGUAAUAUCUUCUGCCUGCUGCAGCACCAGUGAGGGGAGCAGCUUCCCGACCUCAGCUCUCCCUAGCCCACCGCAGAGCCCGGGGCCAUGGAAGUGCCACCCAACUGGACCUGCCCCGUCUGCGGGCAGGUUCGGGAGGAUGUCACCUUUGUGACCCCCUGCAACCACCAGCUUUGCUAUGGCUGUGCCAUCUGGUGGGCUAAGAAGAAGCCGAGUUGUGCCGUAUGUGGGCACAAAAUCAUCACCAUCCGCUACUCGGUGAGGUCGGAUGAUGAUUAUCUUGAGUGUUCCAUCCCCGAGCCCACGGGACACUCAGAUGACGGCCUGCAGGAUAAGCAGGGGCCUGCAGAGCCAGUGCUCAUUCCACCUGAGCACAACUUCCCAGCCGAGGUCUGGGCUGCGUUUUUCAAUGAACAUCCGGAAGACCUCGCACCCCUGCUCCACUGGCUGCAGGAAGAGAUCCAGGAGAUGUCCAGCGAUGAGUGGUGGGAAGUGCAAGUGGGACAGUGGACCACUGUGAACUUCCUAUGUCAGCAUGGGCUGGACCAAGAGGCCUUGGUGAGGGAUCUGCAACCGAUCACCAGUGGCGAUGUAGCGCCCUUUGUACAGCGCCUGAUCAGCAUCGCCACAGCCCUGUAUGGCCCCGAGAUCCGCCGGCAGCUGGACCACCGGGAUGGCCGUGCUGCAGGAGGGCAGCAGGACAGCCCUGCAGCCAGCCUCAACGCCAGAGCCUCCCAUCAGGAUCUUCCUGCCUCAGGGACUGAGGAGCUGCACGGCAGCUCUACUGGGGGACCUGGGCACCCCAGCACGGCCACUGCAUCCGCUGCAGAAGAGCGGCAGGAGGAGCCAGGGGAGGCAGUAGCAGCGGGCCCUUCCACCCAGGGCAGAGAGCGCUUGUGUGGGGGGCCCCGGCGCCCCCCAAAGAGGAAGACCCGCAGCAGCCCCCAGGAUUCUCCCCCACCCCGCAAGAGACGGGCCCGGCAGCGGCACUAGGCUGUCAUCCCACAGCCAUCAGAGCAUGGCUCCAGCGGGCUGGGAGGCCAACAUCUACCUCUCGGCCUGCUGUUUGGGGAGAAAAUAAAAAUAAGUUUAAAAAAAAAUGAAAAAGUCUCUGUUAUUGGCAAGGCUGUUGCCGUUGCUGUCCCUACCCAUGCAGCUUUCUCCCUCUUCUGAUCCUGUGGGAGGGUGUAGUAUCACAACUUUAUUUCCGCAACUGUACAUUGGCACUCAUGACAGCACUAACAAAAUACCUGUGGGCUCCAAAAAGCAGGAGAUAACCAGGACUUGGCUAAAUUGCACUCCUACUUCCAAGCUCCGGGCCACAAAUAAUUUCAUUUGAUGAUAACCGUUGAGCUGUGAUCUCACCCUCUCUUCAGACUUCAGGUUAGUUAGUCCGACGUCAAAGACUCUGUUAUCUGGACUCCUUUUAGAUGGGAUAGCUUAGAUCUGAGCUUGUAAGUGAGUUGCAGAUUUUGAAACCCUACUCAAUGCAAAUCCAAAAGGUAAGAGAAAUCUUCCCAAAUGAACU